CGGACACAACUAAUAAACAGAGUCACGUGGAAAAUUUGUGUCGUCUGCUACAGGAUAAUUUUUUUUUUUUUGCAGAAAUGUCCAGGCAGUUAUUAAAAUAUGGUUUUCUGCCCGAAAAUAAAUGUGCUUUUUUCCUGUGCGAUCUGCAAGAGAAUUUUAGAAAGGCUGUAAUAUAUUUUGAUAAUAUUGUUGAUAGUGCGAAUAAAUUGGUGAAAACAUCAAAAAUCCUCAACAUCCCUCUUGUGGUGACCGAGCAGUACCCGAAAGGCCUGGGGAGGACGGUGCAGGAGCUGGAUAUAUCUCACGCAGUUGGCGUAUACCCGAAAACAAGAUUCAGCAUGCUGGAGCCACAAGUGGUCAAUCAUUUGGGAUCACUUUGCAGCAGCCAACUGGAGUGUGUUGUGCUGUUUGGCAUCGAGGCCCACGUCUGCAUCGAGCAAACUGCUGCCGAACUGAGUGCACGAGGCAUCCAGGUCCAUGUGGUUGCAGACGCUUGCUCUUCCAGAUCGCAAGAAGACAGACUUCUGGCUUUUCAGAGACUGAAGCAGAUUGGAUGUUUCAUCACAACCACAGAGAACGUCAUCUUCAAACUGAUAAAAGAUAAAGAGCACCCAAAAUUUGGAGACGUGCGGUUACUCAUCAAAACACCUACACCAGAAACUGGCUUGAUGUAUUUUUCUAAGAUGUAAUUCUUUAUUAAGGCCAAAUGUUGGUGUGGCAAAUCCAAAGGAAAUGAAGGUAUUGUAAUAAAGUUGUAAAGGACAAGGUUUGAUGGUAAAUGGUUAAAAAAAAAUCAAAAUAACAUAUAUACCAUAUGAUACCCAGAAAUAUGUAUACGUUAAUUCACCAUAAAGCACCAAAAUGAUAUUAAAAUCAGGGAAAGAAUUAGUAUAUUAAUAAUAACCUCAACUGAAUACCUCAAAUCUUGUCUCAAAAAUUGUAUACCUAUUUUAAUUUUUGAAAUGAAAUUAUAAUGGGAUUUUAUAAUAAUCAUGUGGCAAAAAAGGAAACUUUUUCAAUUAUUAAAACUAUUUACUGUAACAUAUAAUAAGUGGUAUACAUCAUUAUCAUAACUCAUUUGAAAUAAAAUAUCAAGUCAACUUGAGAUCAUCCUGAUGAGACUCCACACAACCCUCCACCUAUUCUGCCCUGGCUUAUUUUUUCAGACCUUGUAUGUCAGUGUGAUGUGUGUGUGCAAGGUCAGUUUGAACAGCGUGCCUUCACCUGGGUGGAAGAGCAUAGUUAGUACCCCGUACCCAUAAAAUAUAAAUGUAUUUAGUAAUUUUUUUUUAAUUUUAUUUCCAAGGGCUUUUUUGUAUUCGAUUGUAAAUAUCUAAAUUAAUAUUUUCACUUAUUUAUCCCCAGGUGGACUUGGACAUUCUGAACACACCACUGAGUAAUUAGGUCUGCGUACGUCACGGUACUACGUAAUUCUCUGUUCUAUACUCGCAUCUUCACCUUGCUAGUAGACCAGAGAUAAUGAACAGUCUGAGUCUUACUGACUCAUCCUACUUAUACAUUCAUUUCCAUUCUUAAGCUUAAGGACUUUUUUAAAAUAGCAGAUAACCAGUGUGCCGAAAUGACGGUUGUCUCGUACAAACUGUUUUUAUUUAUAUAAAUGUUGACAGCUAACAUUUAUGAAUUUUUCUUAUAUCAUUAUGUUCUAGGUGGUGUAUGGGUCUAUGUGGUUCUGCGACAUUUCAAUUGUCUAGCCCCGUCUGGAAGGGAAUGAUAUACAUUAUCCCAACAAUGGACUCUUUAAUACAGAGUAUUACUAUGUUAAAAAUUGUUUUAUAAUUAAUAAUUUUUUUGGAUAUUUACAGUUUAAUUUUUAUGUUUGAUUUCUGUUCUGCUACGACUUGUAAUAAUUCAGCAUAUCAGUCAGCCAAUGGGAGGAUAGCAUUUUGAAACAAUGUUAAUUUAGAUAAGCUUAAAUUAAGAACCUUUGUAGUAGUGACAUCAUUAAAAAAAACAUGUAAAAGUUUUGUGCCAGAAACUAAUCAGUGUUUUAGUUUAGCAAUUUUGUAGCAUCUCUCGCACAAGGGCAGAUAACUUUUACAUACUACAGCUAAGUAAAUUGAUUAAGACAAUUCCGUAUGAAAUUGUAAGUAGGAAGUGCCUGUGAUAUAAGAUUACGCAGUAAGUCUGUAUCUGUGACCAUUUUGUAUGCUUAUAUUUGUGAACAGAACUGACACCAAUGCUUUAGAAAGUUGGAUAAGCGUAAUUGAAUUGGCGUUUAAGCAUUGUCGUGAAUCAAGACUAAUUUUAUUGUGCAACAAUAUUUCAUUAAAAUUAUAACAUACAGGAAGUCUGAACACUCGCGACCUCAGUGGUUCUAAGUAACAGGGAUUGUGUUCUCUGGCUGAACUAGCUAGUCGGAUGUAUAGAACCCUAACAAACUUAAAAAUACAUUUUGUGAUAUUUUGUAGGUUUCACUGUAAAUACAGUAUAUAUUACAGAGUGCAA